AUUUAUGAAAAUUGUGAUGAUUAUAUUGAAUGAGAUGAGAUAGAUUAUGAUUGGGUAUUCAAUUCAGCCCUUGUACAUAUUAUAUUCUCGAGCAGGAGUGGAAUAUCUAGCGAUGCCUAAACAAUGUAAAGGCCAUCCUCAAGUCCUAAGCUCCUCAAGUCCUAAGCUGAACUGAUUCACUCUUCGGCUCCUAGUUUUUCGAAAGAUCUAAUAAAUUAUGCGUCUGAACCAGAAAUGGGGAUGAGUUGGAAAUGAUGAAAAAGCAACAAAAUCACAUUGUUCAUCUGCAGUUUUUUCAUACAGACGCAUUUGUUGAUUUACCAGCACUGAUCAGUUUCCCAGCUCCUAGUGGGACUAGGGAAUCCUGCCAUGUACAUAUAUGGACAUGAAUGAGCAAAAUUUAAAGCACCGAUGGUGAAAUCGUAUCGAGCCCGGGCCACGGGAUCAGAUAGCGUUGUAUAGGCAUUGUGAAUCUCGAUGAAAUCCCGACUCCGAGCAUCUCGAUCGGCGCUGGAACCGACGACGGCGUCUGGAUGGUACUGCUUGGCCAAAUUACGGUAUGCAGCUUUAAUUUCGGUUUGCGAAGCGGUUUCCUUCACUCGGAGUAGUUGGUAAAACGUGCCAUUCAAUGCGAGUGAUGAUUUCAUUGUCCUCACCGAACCAUCUACCCUUUCGGUUGCAGUGGCGGCACAUAGCGGGAUGGUCCUGCGUUGGGUUUUGACACAAGCAUGUCUAGGCAACAUUGGUAGCGGAUUCUUACUAUUUGGAUGAAAUAUAUUGGACCCAAAUGAAGAUUUUGGAGGGUUCAGGCUGGUAUAUCCUGGCAUUUCUGCUCUGAUCAGGGAUUGCGUUUCUGGAGUAGAAACUGGAAACUAGAUCGUAGAAAGUUGACAAGGAAACCGAGGCGGCUUAAGAAGCUGGGUUUGCCUUUUGGACACGGAAAACUUCGGUUCUGGCGAGUUUAUAUAGAAGAGUGACAAGGAGAAUAGAGAGGAAUGGUGAUGCAGUGGGCGCCUACCAUUUUGCUUUUGAGCAGUUUAGGUUUUCAGCACACUGUUGGGUUAAAUGGUGGGCAGCGUUUGAGUUUCCAGAAGACGACGACCCAGAUCAUGAACAAUCUGUACAAUGCAAUCCCGAGGGGCGCGAUCCGUCUUAGAGUUUCACGGUUUCGCGCGUGUGCAACAACUCCAGCUACCUUGACCGAUUCUGAGGUUUCCGAGGGAGAUUGCUGUGCCUCUGGUUGUGGCAUCGUGGUCCAAGACAAGGACCUUCUCCGCAAGAGCAAGACCCACAAUUCCCCUACUGGGCUUCAUGUGCUUGAUCUCAUCGACCGUGGUUCCCUCGAACCAGACCGUACUUUGUACAAUAAGUUGUUGAGGAAAUGCACCCAGUUUGGAAUGGUUAAAGAAGGAAAAGCUGUGCACUUCCAUAUUAUCCGUUCGGAGUUCAGCGAUGACCUCGUUAUUCUUAACUCUGUUCUCAACAUGUAUGCUAAGUUUGGUGCUUUGGAUGAUGCUCGUAAACUGUUCGGCGAAAUGCCUUGUAAAGACGUGGUCUCUUGGACUGCCUUGAUUGCUGGUUAUUCUCAGAACGAUCGCGCUGAGGAUGCCCUUAUUUUGUUCCCUCAAAUGCUCCAACUCGGGUUGCAGCCCAAUCAAUUCACUUUGUCUAGCCUGUUAAAGGCUUCCGGGGCUGGGCCUGACGACAAGUAUGGCCGGCAACUCCACGCCUUUUCUUUUAAGUAUGGUUAUGAUUCCAAUGUUUAUGUGGGCAGUUCUCUUGUGGACAUGUAUGCUAGGUUUGGUCUUAUGGAUGAAGCACUGUUGAUCUUUGACGAAUUGGAAAGCAAGAACGAGGUGUCUUGGAAUGCUUUGAUUGCUGGGCAUGCUAGGAAGGGUCAAGGAGAGCAUGCUCUGAGUCUGUUCCGGGAGAUGCAGAGGGAAGAUCUUAGACCGACCCAUUUUACCUAUUCUAGCGUUUUUGGCGCUUGUGCAAGUACUGGGUCUCUGGAGCAAGGCAAAUGGGUUCAUGCACAUAUGACAAAAUCGGGGGUUAAGCUAGUUGCUUUUGUGGGAAACACUCUUCUUGACAUGUACUCGAAAUCAGGGAGCAUUGAGGAUGCAACAAAGGUUUUUGAUAGAUUGGGGAAACGAGACCUGGUUUCUUGGAAUUCAAUGCUAAAGGGAUAUGCACGACAUGGGCUUGGGAAGGAAACUUUGCAACGGUUUGAGGAAAUGCUCAGGAUUCCAAUUCAACCUAAUGAUGUAACCUUCCUUUGUGUCCUUUCUGCGUGUAGCCAUGCUGGGCUUUUGGAUGAAGGACAUUAUUAUUUUGAACUGAUGAAGAAGUAUAUGAUAGAACCGCAUGUUGCUCAUUAUGUAACAAUUGUUGAUCUUCUUGGUCGAGCAGGUCUUCUCGAUCGAGCCUUGAAGUUCAUAAGUGAGAUGCCCAUUGAACCAACAGCAGCAGUCUGGAAGGCCUUGCUUGGUGCUUGUAGGAUGCAUAAGAAUAUGGAUUUAGGUGCUUAUGCUGCUGAACGUGUUUUUGAGCUCGACCCGUAUGAUUCAGGGCCCCACGUCUUGCUCUCUAAUAUCUAUGCCUCUGCUGGAAGAUGGGAUGACGUCAUGAAAGUGAGAAAAAUGAUGAAAGAGAGUGGAGUGAAGAAGCAACCUGCUUGUAGUUGGGUGGAGAUCGAGAACACAAUCCAUUUGUUUGUGUCAAAUGACGAUGCCCACCUGCAAAGAGACGAGAUCCGCAGGAAAUGGGAGGAGAUCAGCGGGAAGAUCAAGGAGAUUGGAUAUGUCCCGGACACUAGCCAUGUGUUGUUGUUUGUGGAUGAGCGUGAGAAGGAAGAAAAGUUGCAGUACCAUAGUGAGAAGCUUGCUCUAGCAUUUGCCCUUCUCAAGACACCUCCCGGGUCGACCAUACGAAUCAAGAAGAACAUCAGAGUUUGUGGUGAUUGCCAUUCUGCAAUCAAGUUUGCAUCCAAGGUGGUGGAUAGAGAAAUCAUCGUGAGGGAUACCAAUCGAUUUCAUUGUUUCCGUGAUGGCUCAUGCUCUUGCGGGGACUACUGGUAGUGCUUACUACCUAAUCACCCACAAAGUCUCAAAAUCCGGUUUUUGUAUGGAUGAUAAGCCACCAUGUUCGAGAUUUUCAAGGUUUAAGUUGGCAUGGCAAUGAGUUACGCAUUAACCUCCACUGUUUGCUAUGAUAUAUGGUUUUCAGAGUUUGUGUUGGGAAGAGAAAUUAUGUUGGCCUUUGACGGGUAGUUAAUUUGUGAUGGCCGAGGAACUUUUGGAAGAUGGCUUAAGCGAGAGAAAGGUAACCAAGGCUCUUAAUUCUUCUCUAGGAGCAACCAUCAAUUAUUUCCAUAUUGGCAUGACCUAAUCCCAUAAGGUUAUUGUAUAUGCUUCUGCAGUCUGGGACAGAAGCCCCGGAAGAUCUUCCCGAGGUUGUCCUUUUGGAAUGAAAUUAUUUCUUGCAUCAGAAUGGUUGAAUUCUCGCCUAUGUUACAGCAACAUUAUGCAGGAGCUACUGCAUUUCCUACGUUCAGUUGAGGUAAUCAGAACCAUGGUGGACUAUACAAUGCAGCAUAUUGACAAUGAUGAGAGCAAAAUUUGCGUGAAGGUUUGGGCAGAAACCAUCACGCAUAUGGUUUUUCUGAGCAGAAUAGCAAAAGAGAAGAGAUCGGAGAUUGGAACUCUCUUCCUAUACGCAACAAUGAUAACAGUCCCAUCAACCGGAACAUCUGUUUAGAAAGUCCAGACGGAUCUACAAGUAGCCCGCAUAUGUGGCUGGCUCGAAACUAUCUCGCAUAUAUGGUUUUUCUGAGCAUAAAGGCAAAAGGGAAGUGAUCGGAGGUUGUAGCUCUCUACCUUUACGUAACCAUGAUAACAGCCUCAUCCACCGGAACAUCUGUUUAGAGACAGUCUAGACGGAUCUGUACGUGGCUGGCUCUGUCAAUUAAGUAAUGACUGAUCUUUCUUGAAAUCAGUUGUAAAGUACGAACGUAUGUCAGAACAAAAUUAUGCUUACACCAUACUUGUGCAUCCUAAGACAAGGAAAACGCUGUCAUGGAUGUUGCACCAAAACGCACCAUGUUGAAAUAUUGAAAAUUGUUGGCAUUUUGGACCAAUUGGAUAUUAA